AUGUUUGCAUCUUCAAUAGCUGAAGUCACCAAAAAAAGAAUUCUUAUGUUCGUCCUUUGUUUUUUCCAAUAUGCAUUUUUGCAUUGCUGUAGGUCAACGUGGAGCUAUGUAUCAGGUAGAAUGGUAGGGGAAGAGUAUUUCACGAAAGAAUACCUUGGCUAUAUUAAUUUUUCUUUUCUUUUUUGUUAUGGGCUUGCGAUAUCGAUGUAUUGAAUAUCGUAUUCGGUAGUUUAGGGCAAUUUGGAGAUAGAAUGAGUCUUAAAGUAUUUAUUUUAAUUGGAACAUAUACAUCAAGUUUUGUAUUCACUCUGAUUGGCGUAAUGAUCUACAUAGAAGCAAAGCAUAAUUAUGUAUUUCUGAUUUUGCAAAUAAUUAAUGGGAUAGGACAAUCAACUGCAUGGUGUGGAGUGCUUGGUAUAAAUGUUAAUUAAUUCAGCAAUUUUGAACAAUUGGUUUGUAACAGAUAAGAAAGUGAUACUAAUGGGAUAUUUUGCAGCCUGUCCAAAUAUAGGUAAUAUACUUGGUGACGUGUAUUCUGGUAUUUUGAUAGGGAAAGAUAAUUUACCAUUAUAUGCACCUAUAUAUUUAGCUGGGUCGUCAUUAUUCAUAAUGAAUUUGAUAGACACAUUUUUGCUGGAAAAUGCUCCACCUGAAGAAACAAAAAGGAGGAUGAUUGAAGAAUACGAAAAAUCAAAAGUAAGUUAGCAACCUUAGCUUAUGAUAUCAAUGAUUGAAAAAAAAUACGAGGAAAAUUUGGAUUAGUAUUUAGAUUACACAAGAAAAAGCUCACAAGUCUAAAAGAAAUAUAGUAUUUCUUAAAUGGCUGUUUAAGAAAAAAAGAAUAAUUUAAAUAACCAAUUAAAUUAUUUUAAUGCAUGGUUUGUUCCAAAUGUAGCACUCUAUGCGUUUGCUUUUGGAUGCGUAAAAGCAGUUUAUUAUAUUCUUGGAUUUUGGCUACCAAAUUAUUUGGACUCAAAAGAUGUCAAAGAUGUUGCCUGGAUUACAGCUAUGAUAGAUGUAGGUUCAAUUCCCGGAGGAAUUCUCAUUUGGUAAUUUAUUUGUUGAUAUCACUAUUCUAGUUUGAUUGGAUACUAUUAUAACAAAAGAGCAGUCAUUACAGUACCGUCGUUAUGGAUAGGUACCAUAAUAAUGAUAUCGGUGAGUUAUAGUGGCUCAUUUAAACAUGAAAUAGCAGGAUAUAUGUGCUUAAUAUUCCUUACAGGAUUAUUUAUUGGCGGAUGCUACAAUAAUAUUUCGACUGCAAUGACUGUAGAACUCAGUAAUUAACCAGAAUUAAAAAGUAACUAUUAUUUUCAUUUUAGAUAGUAAAUCUGCAACCUCAACUGUUGUUUCAGUUAUUAUGGGAUAUGCAGCCAUGUUUGCAGCCAUUAAUUAAUUGAUAGUUCCUUAUGUAGAAAAACGGUUGUUUCUUUAUUGUAGUGCAUUAUCCAUAAUUGGAGGGGUAUUUCUAACUCCAUUGAUUAUCAAUGAAGUAAAAAGAAAUAAAUAAAUGUCUUAACCACAAUGA